GAAAUGCGUGACGAAUUAAUAAAAUACGUAGAGUCUAACGAAAUUGAAGAACAAGACAUACCAAAAGUUUCUACAAUACAAGGUUGGAUUAGCAGAUACGCAGCUGCAUUUAAAGAGCAAGCCACAGAAGCAGCACUUCGAAGUAAUGCCCAAAAUACUUCUUAA